UCUUGAAAUGUCAAUAAAGAAAUAAAUCUUUCCUCUCUUCCCCACUCUUCACUGUUGUUUUUAGAAUAGGUUUAAGCUAUGAAGAAUCAGCUAUCACAUGUGUGUACUUGUGAAGAAUAAUCCUUUUCUUCCCUGUAUUCUUCCUUCCUUUAGGUCAAUUCCCAGGAGAAAAUGGAAUGGAAACUACAAUCAAUUGUCACCAAAAAGAAUUUUGCAAGUCAAUGAUUUGUGAAUAUAAUUUCCGAACAAGCCUUUCAUGUAUGAAGCAGAAUCCUUCAAAGAUUUUUCUUUUAUCUGUUAAGGACUAACAAAGCUCUCUAGGUGUGUCACCAGACAUGUACCCAACAGAUCAAAAAUGACAGUGAUUGUUGCAUUCGUGGCAACUCUUUCCACCAUUGUUAGUCUACCUAAAAUUUUUUUUCAGUGAUGGCUUGCAACGGUACUCCCCCUGAUUCUUAUGAUUCCCUUUUGCUGAAUAUGAGCAACCUGUCCCCAGCAUCCAGAUCUGUGGUUUUGUCCACCCCACUCAGGAUUCUGUUGGCAUUAGUCAUGAUGCUGAUGAUUGCCGUUGGAUUCCUCGGCAAUGCCGUUGUCUGCCUCAUUGUGUAUCAGAAACCCGCCAUGCGUUCAGCUAUUAAUCUGCUCUUGGCCACCCUGGCCUUCUCUGAUAUCAUGCUGUCCUUGUUUUGUAUGCCUUUCAUGGCAGUCACCAUGAUCACGGUGCACUGGCAUUUUGGUGCCUCCUUCUGCCGUUUUUCAGCCAUGCUUUAUUGGUUUUUUGUCUUGGAAGGUGUUGCCAUCCUCCUCAUCAUCAGUGUCGAUCGCUUCCUCAUCAUUGUCCAGCGCCAAGACAAACUUAAUCCUGGAAGGGCCAAGGUGAUGAUUGCAGUCUCCUGGGCUCUGUCCUUCUGUAUUUCAUUUCCCUCCCUAGUGGGCUGGACUUUUGUCGAAGUGCCCACCCGGGCCCCCCAGUGUGUGCUGGGUUACACAGAGUUUCCAGCAGACCGGGCUUACGCCGUAAUACUGCUGGUAACAGUUUUCUUUGUACCGUUCAGCAUCAUGCUCUAUUCCUAUUUAUGCAUCCUAAACACUGUGCGCAGGAAUGCCAUCAGAGUCCACAAUCACACUGAGAGCCUCUGCCUGAACCAGGUGAGCAAACUAGGGCUGCUGGGUCUCCAGCGGCCGCACCCCCUGAACGUGGACAUGAGCUUCAAAACAAGGGCCUUCUCCACCAUCUUCAUCCUCUUCAUUGGCUUUUCCUUCUGUUGGUUGCCCCAUACUAUCUUCAGCCUCAUGUCUGUGUUUAGCCGCAAGUUUUACUACAGCUCUUCUUUCUAUAUUACCAGUACCUAUGUUCUGUGGCUUAGUUACCUCAAGUCCGUCUUCAACCCUGUCAUCUACUGCUGGAGAAUCAAGAAAUUCCGUGAAGCUUGCAUGGAGUUUUUACCCAAAACAUUCAAGAUCUUCCCCAAAAUGCCUGGACGGACAAGGAGGAGGAUCCAUCCAAGUACCAUCUAUGUUUGCAGUGAGCAUCAGUCUGCAGUUUAGGGAAGAACCAAAGAAGAAAGACCGAGCAAAUGGUCAUGGGAAAGAAUCUAGCUUUUGUUCUCAGCAUCUAAUAGUUUUUUUUUUUUCCCAAUUCUAUUU